AUGAAAGAGGCUAACAUCCAACCAAACGUCUCAGAUGUGGUCGGAGAAGCACUAUCUCCGCUCUCACAGGAGGUGAGGACGAAUGAAGAAGUAGAAGGAGCGGUGCAGUGCACUGAAAGCGUUGCACUGCACGAUGCAUUGUGGAAUGACAGCGGAGAUGUGUGUCCUUACAAAUCUGGUUUGACGACAAAGAAAGGUACAAAGCUUCGUAUUGCUGAUUUUGUCCAUGGUACGGAUGGACUAGGAAACCAAAACUUCCCUCCACCAAAAGGAAAGCCAAUUGACCAGCAAGCUGCCUCAUUUCUUGUUCAGCAAGCAAAUCUGUUCCCUGGAGAAGUUAUUGUGGUUGCACUAGGCCUGCUUACAAAUAUUGCUUUGGCUAUUCAACUUGAUCCUGGAUUUCCAAAAAAGAUUGGGCAGAUUGUUAUUCUCGGCGGGGCUUUUUCAGUUAAUGGGAACGUUAAUCCAGCAGCUGAGGCCAAUAUAUUUGGUGACCCAGAUGCUGCUGAUAUUGUGUUCAUAAGUGGAGCAGACAUUUUGGCUGUGGGAAUAAAUGUUACCCAUCAAGUUUUUAUGUCAGGUGCCCUCUCAAAGUCACAUUUCAAUGAUAUCAUAAUCAUGUACUGGUUUGAAGCUCAUGUUCUGCCCCUUUUUUGCUUUAAUUAUAAAAGUAUCCACUUCAUUGCACUACAAGAAAGUGGGCCAUUGCCGCACUUUUUUGGCCGAUGA